AUGAAGGUCGCUGUCAUUAUUGCUGCCUUGAGUGUCGCCGUCAUGGCGUUUGAUGGUCCUGCACCCAUUGACCAUGGUACGCGCAUUGACAAGAGGGACAGGGAGCAGGAGUUUGGACGACGCCAUGACGCGAAUAUCCCCGGCCUGAGCUUCAUGGAGCAGCGCGAGGAGGAGGCUGCCAAGGUCUAA